AUGUCCAAGAAGCUCAUCUUUCUGAUGGGAGCUCCGUCAGGCAUGCUCGAGUGGGAUAACAUUGAGCUUCUAAACACGGCUGUCCCACCUUUCAAUGGUGCGGAUGUGUCUGGCAACAGGCAUGGCGCCUCUCCAGAUACUCAGCCUGUGAGAUGGAGGCUAUUGACGAAUCGAGAAACACUGCAGUGGACAUAUGGCUCUGACAACUAUGUCGAUACCAAAAAGACACUCUUCCUGACUACCCAAGAUCUCCUGUCAACAUACCCCGAUGUCGCAGGAGAGGAAGUUCUCUCGCAGUUUUACGACCAUUCCCUCUCCAUCCACGAAACGAGUCUCAUAUCAGUCUCCGAUUCAGGCAACAUUGGCUCCAUUGAAGAGAGCAGUUCGUUGACAGAAAGCAUCGAGUUUUCUGUUCAAACCGAACGCGAAGGCCAACAGGCUCGGGAAACAACCCUUCUCUCCAUUCCGGGUCCUCUGAGCAACCUCGAGGAUAUCCCAAACGCUGCGUACCUGCGCUCGAUCGUGCCUCAAACCAUGACGGUAAACCUCGUUGUUGGUAUUCUCGGGGUGAACCCACCGCGCCGGGUCAGGACACGACAAGCAAAAUGGGACAUGCAGAUAGUUGAACUCAUCGUUGGCGACGAGACCAGGACUGGAUUUGGAGUGACAUUCUGGCUCCCCGCAACAGAAGAUGGGUUGGAGGAGGACGAGCUGGGGCAGAAGCUGGCUGGCCUAAGACCACGAGACAUCAUCCUUCUUCGAUCAGUUGGUCUCAGUUCAUUCCGCGAGCGGGUUUACGGGCAGAGCCUGAGGAAAGGCCUGACCAAGGUCGAUCUUUUACAUCGACAGCCCAUUGAUGCGACCGAUCCGGGUGGCCUGUACUCCUCCAAAGCCAUCAACGCCGCCAGCAACGACAAUGCGCUGCUGAUGAAGGCGCAGCGUGUGCGGGAAUGGAUGAUCAGCUAUGUCGGGCUCCGGCCGCAUGGGGUAGGCGGUGAGGCCGCCCAACCCCAGCUGAGACACUUGCCACCUGACACGCAAUAA